AUGGAAGUGGCAAGUGAGACAAGUGAUUCUCGGCAAUGGGACGAAUUAAUACCCGAUGCAUUGGGUCUAAUCUUCAAAAAUCUGUCUCUUAAGGAGUUGCUGACGGUGAUUCCAAUGGAAGAGAUGAGAGCACCUGCAAGAAAAGUUACCAGGCUGUUUGUUGCAAGGAUCCCACAAUCUGUGACAAAAGCAAAAUUUCGAGGUCAUUUUGGGAAAUAUGGAGAGAUAACAGAUUUAUACAUGCCGAAGGAUCAAGGCUCAAAAAUGCAUCUAGGAAUUGGGUUUAUUACCUUUGAAAAUGCAGACUCCGUGGAAAAUUUAAUGGCUGAUACCCAUGAAUUGGGGGGUUCCAAUGUAGUUGUUGAUCGAGCAACACCCAAGGAAGAUGACUUUAAACCAGUGAGCAGAAUGCCAGCACCACAGGGUGGAUAUGGUGCAUACAAUGCGUAUAUCUCUGCAACCACUAGAUAUGCAACCCUUGGGGCUCCGACUUUGUAUGAUAAUCAAUUGCCUUAA